AUGUCAGUGGUGGGAUCAUUAAUAUUUUGCACAUAUUGUGGAGACUUGCUAGAUUCACACAGCUCUACGUCCGAGAUCAAAUGUACGAUAUGCCUGGCGACGUAUCCUAAAUCUAAAUUUGCCAAUUUAAAAGUCGUUACCAAAAGCUCCGAUGAAGCCUUCCCUUCAAAGUUGAAACUGGCCAGAUCAGUUGUAAAGACAAGUUUGAGUAAAGAUGAGCUAGAUGAAGGAGCCACAAUCAAAGAGAAGUGCCCCAAGUGUGGAAAUGAAGAAAUGCAAUACCACACCUUACAACUUCGAUCAGCUGAUGAGGGUGCAACUGUGUUUUACACAUGUCCAAAUUGUGGCUACAGGUUCAGGACAAACAAUUAA